AUGGAGGAGAUACCUGUGAACAGCGGCAGCAGAGAAGUCACCAGAAAGGGAGCCCCAGGAGCUGUCAAGGAAGAUGAACACAUCCAGACUCACAGAGCCACUGCUAAAGAGAGCCAUUGGCUAGAAAGUAACACUGAACCCCACAAAGAAAACAUCACCUUCCAUCAGAGUCAAGAGGACUUUUCAACAAUGGCCUCCAAAGAGGGUGUGAUGGUUGAGACCUCUGGAAAAAGCCAUGCUUCUUCAAAUGCUCCAGAAAACUGCACUCUACUAACAGAAACAGCAGAUGCUGGAGGAAGGAAUGAUUCUUCAAGUAGAACUAACUUCACCAUUUCCCCCGUUGGACACUCACUUGAGAUAGCAACAGCUCUGAAUUCCCAGAGCAGCACCUUAGCCUUGGAAAGUCUUCCCUUGCCAUCCAGUGGCUCAGGGUCCGAAGGAAGAACUGCUUCUUUUCAAGCGAAGAGUGGAACAUCCCAGGGCUCACCGGAGAGGAGGACGGGGCUCUCGGGAGAAGUGACUGUGCACACUCAAGUGGCUGCCACCUCUGCAUUGAGCCAGUCUUCUCUUCCUGCUUUGGAGAUGGGAGAGCCAACCACGCUCUCUAGGAAGAGAGCCUCCUCAGGACCAGAGCUCUCCUCACUGCAUGUCCUCAGGACACCCGCUUAUGCUGCUCUCUCAGACCAUUCCUCAUCUUCUGAAAGGGUGGAGUUGCUUAACAACUCCACUGGUCUCCAGGGCUCCUCGGUCAGUCAGACGAAGAAUACACACGUUGCCACCACGUUCACUGAUGGUGCCCCAAGAAUGCUCCGAUCUUUGACUGUCAGUCUAGAACCUAUAAACGAGACAGAAGUCUUCCCUGAAGACUCCAAAAUUGCCACGACUUCAGCCUCAGCCCAUUCUUCACCCUCUGCAGUGGAAUCGAGAAGAAAUAGUGGAAUAACCAGGAACCCAGCGACUGGGGAGUUCAUUGAGCCAUCCACAGAAAAUGAAUUUGGACUUACAUCUUUACAUUGGCAAAAUGAUUCCCCAACCUUCAGAGAACAUCAGCUUGCCAGCAGCCUUGAGGCAGAAAAUGGAAGUUCCGUGUCUCAGACUGAGACUGUGUCUAGGCCUGUGCCAUCCACCCAAAGUGGAGAGAGCACUCCACACUGGUUCUUGACCAACAGCGAGACAUUUGCAGAAGUGGCAGGAAGCUCUGCUUCAUAUUCUGAAGUUGUGAACACUUCAGUUUUGACCCAGUUCUCGGACCCUGCUCCACAGCCUGGAGGAAGUAACACAGCGUUGGGUGAUAGAAUUUACUCAGAGUCUUCAUUUACAUCUUCCUCAGAAAGCCUGGAUUCCUCAGUACCACGUGGAGAACGUUCCAUCACUGGAACUAGCUAUGGUCAAGUGAGCGGCACAGAUCCAGAACGAAGGACUUCCAGCCACCACACAGACCAUACCUACGUUUCAUCUACUUUUACCAAAGGAGAACGGGCAUUGCUGUCCAUUACAGAUAACAAUUCAUCCUCAGACAUCACGGAGAGCUCGACCUCUUAUAUUAAGAUCUCAAACUCUUCACAUUCAGACUAUUCUUCCUCUUCUCAUGCUCAGACUGAAAGAAGUAGCAUCUCUUCCUAUGAUGGGGAGUAUGCUCAGCCUUCCACUGAGUCACUGGUUCUGCAUACUUCCAAUCUUCUACCCUACACACCCACCGUUAAUAUGCCAAACACAGCGGUUGUUCUAGACACCGAUACUGGGUCUGUUGGUGACUCAUCUUCUUCUUCGGUGCCUCCUUUGCCGUUGUCCUCAGUGUCGCAGUCCCACCAGUUGUUCUCAUCAACCCAACCAUCAACCAGGACCUCUAUGAAUCUGCUGAAGUCUACCUCUGAUGCAUCCAUACCUUUGUCUUCCUCACCGUCACCUUUAUCAGUAUCCUUGACAGCAUCUACCCCUACUUCACUGUCUGUCUCACAAGCAACCUUACCACAUUCAUCUCCUUCCCCAGUGCUGUCCAGGGAAAGGGAGACUCCUGUGACUUCAGUUUGGUUGUCGACAAUGGCAUCAUCCAUGGCAAUGUUCCGCAGCAGUCAAACAGCAGACCCUGAGAACCAGAGUACCCCACAUCACAAGAAAAUCAUUACAGAAUCAAAAUCACCAAGCCUUGUGCUCCUGCCCACAGCAUCCACCAAAGCUAUAACAAUGGGCUCUCCUGCAGAGGUCUCUUUCCCUCCAUCCUCAAAGGAGUCUUUCACAGAGCAAACCCUUCCAACCACAAGCACCAGCUUAGCCCAAAUGCCUCCAGCUUUGAUGACCACCACUCUUGAGACCCCUCAUCCUCCUGUCAUCACUCCCAGCAUCCCAUCAAGCACAGCAUCUCGGAUCACUGAUCCUGUAGCUGUAGAGACUACAACUGGAAAACAGCUUUUACCAACCCAUCCAGACAUUCUGGGGCCACAAAUCUCAACAGAAGGUGCUGUCAGCACAAAAAGGAACCAGGUGCACAUAGAUACUACUACCAGAUUGAUCCCUCUGACCAGUGUAUCUACGUCAGCAAAAGAAUUGACCACGAGGCUUGGCAUUGCAAAAGAGUAUAGCCCAACUUCACAUUUCCUCAGAACAUCUCCUUCUCCCCAAACCACAGAUGUUCCUACGACUGAAACGUUGACUCCUGAAUCUGCCACCUUUGCUGUUCAGAACAGCACACAGUCAACAACAACAUCAUCCUCUUCAACCUCAGUCAGCAGCUGUGCCAUGAACCCUUGUCUUCAUGAUGGCAAAUGUAUCGAGGACCCCACCCAUCGUGGCUAUCACUGUGUGUGCUUGCCUUCCUGGCAAGGGGAUGACUGCAGUGUGGAUGUGAAUGAAUGCCUCUCGAACCCCUGCCCGCCCCUGGCCAUGUGCAACAAUACUCAGGGAUCCUUUCUCUGCAAGUGCCCAGUCGGGUACCAGAUGGAAAAAGGAAUAUGCAAUUUGGUUAGAACCUUCGUGACAGAGUUUAAAUUGAAGAGAACUUUUCUGAAUACCACUGCAGAAAAGCCUUCAGACCUACUUGAAGUUGAAAAUGACAUCACCAAAACGCUCAACGUGUGUUUUUCAGUGUUACCUGGUUAUAUUCGAUCUACAGUGUUUGCUUCUAGGGAGUCCGGCGUGGUGGUGAUCUCACUGCAAACAACCUUUUCCCUGGCCUCCAAUGUGACGCUGUUUGACCUGGCCGACAGGAUACAGAAAUGUGUCAACUCCUGCAGGUCCUCCGCCGAGGCCUGCCAGUACUUGGGCUCUCACAGGCGGAUCUUUAGAGCGGGCAGCCUGUGCAAGCGGAAGAGUCCGGAAUGUGACAAAGAGACCUCCAUCUGCACUGACCUGGAUGGUGUCGCCCUGUGCCAGUGCAAGUCGGGCUACUUUCAGUUCAACAAGAUGGAUCACUCCUGCCGAGCCUGUGAAGAUGGAUAUAGGCUUGAAAAUGAAACCUGCAUGAGUUGCCCGUUCGGCCUUGGUGGUCUCAACUGUGGAAACCCCUAUCAGCUCAUCACCGUGGUGAUCGCAGCAGCGGGAGGUGGACUUCUACUCAUUCUGGGCAUCGCUCUGAUCGUCACCUGUUGCAGAAAGAACAAAAAUGACAUAAGCAAACUCAUCUUUAAAAGUGGGGAUUUUCAAAUGUCCCCGUAUGCUGAGUACCCCAAGAACCCUCGUUCACAAGAAUGGGGCCGGGAAGCAAUUGAAAUGCAUGAGAAUGGAAGUACGAAAAACCUCCUCCAAAUGACGGAUGUGUAUUACUCGCCCUCAGGUGUAAGGAAUCCUGAACUUGAACGUAAUGGACUCUACCCAGCCUACACUGGAUUGCCAGGAUCACGGCAUUCUUGCAUUUUCCCUGGACAGUAUAACCCAUCUUUCAUUGGCGAUGAAAGCAGGAGAAGAGACUACUUUUAAUUAAGUCCAGGAGAGAGGGGCCCCAUGGCUCUGAGCCAGUUACCCAGGAGCUCUGUGGUUCAGAGGGCUGCGCCAGGAGUCUGCUUCCAGGACUUGUUGGAGCCACAUUUGAGUAGCCAGUAGAAAAGAGGACAGGCGUGAGGGUUAUGAACACAGUGGAGGGAACAGGUGGAUGUGGAGCCGCAGGCUGCACGUGGGGCACCUUUGUUGUUACUGUGAACGUGAGCGCGGGCCAGUACCAGGAGAACUUCUUGGAGUGACUGCACCAUGGCCCUGGC